AAACAGGCGGCAGAAGUCCAACCGUCAUCAGAUGAAGGAGAAUCGUUAUGAAGGAUUUACUACAGACGGUCAGCGCUCUCCUGGUGGGUUUGGUUGUCCUGGCGCAGCACUCUCCCGAGCGCAACAACAUGUGCUCGGAGGGGAGCUGUUACCCGGCCACAGGUAACCUGCUGAUCGGCAGAGCUGACCGUCUUAGUGCAUCGUCCACCUGUGGCCUGCGAGGUCCUGAAACCUUCUGUGUCGUCAGCAGCCUGGAGAAUAAGAAGUGUUUUGAGUGUGACUCUCGUGAUCGUUACGACAAGGAUGCACACCCCAACAGCCACACCAUUGAUAAUGUGGUCACCACCUUCACCCCCGAUCGCCUGGUAACCUGGUGGCAAUCAGAGAAUGGACUGGAGAAUGUGACCAUUCAACUGGACCUGGAAGCUAAAUUCCACUUCACACACAUCAUCAUGACCUUUAAGACGUUUCGUCCUGCAGCAAUGGUGAUCGAGCGUUCAUCAGAUUUUGGGCGCACCUGGAAGGUGUAUCGAUACUUUGCGUACAAUUGUUCUUCCGUUUUUCCACACAUCUCUCAGGGACCAGUUGUUGCAGUUGAUGAUGUCAUCUGUGACUCCCGCUAUUCCAACAUUGAGCCUUCGACAAAGGGAGAGGUGAUCUUUCGAGCUCUUGAUCCUUCAUUUAAGAUUCCUGACCCAUACAGUGAGCGGAUCCAAAACGUUAUCAGGAUCACUAACCUGCGAGUGAGGAUGCUGAAGUUACACACUCUGGGUGAUGACCUGCUGGACGAUCGGGAUGAGGUGAAGUACUACUAUGCCAUCUAUGACCUGGUUGUCCGUGGCAACUGCGUCUGUUAUGGCCACGCCUCCGAGUGUGCACCAACCGAUACCAAUGAUGUGGGGCCCGAUGGAAUGGUUCAUGGUCACUGUAUGUGUAAACAUCACACUGCUGGAUUAAACUGUGAGAGAUGUGAGGACUUUUAUCAGGAUAUACCAUGGAGUCCAGCGCAGGGCCGUGACACCAAUGCAUGCAAGCGGUGUGAGUGUAACCAGCACUCUAGUUCAUGUCAUUUCGACAUGGCGGUGUACCUCGCGUCGGGAAAUGUCAGUGGAGGAGUGUGUGAUGACUGUCAGCACAACACACAGGGUCAUCACUGUGACAACUGUAAACCUUUCUACUACCAGGACCGCAACCGGAACCUUCGAGAUCCUUAUAUCUGUCAGCCGUGUGACUGUGAUGAACGAGGCUCUCUGAACGACGGCGUGUGUGACGGCAGGACAGACGUGAUGAAAGGACUGAUCGCCGGUCAGUGCCGCUGUAAACCGAACGUGGAAGGAGACCGAUGUGAUCACUGCAGGCAGGGGCGUUACGGUCUCAGCAAUCAUGAGCUGGGCUGCCUGCCAUGCCGCUGUAAUCCUUUGGGCACACUUCCUGGAGCAAGUCCUUGUGAAACAGAAACUGGAAGGUGCUACUGCAGGCGCCUCGUCACUGGCCAAAACUGUGAUCAGUGUCUGCCUCAGCACUGGGGUCUCAGUGCGAGCAGAGACGGGUGUCGGCCGUGUGACUGUGACCUAGGAGGAGCUUUGAACAACGAUUGUUCACCAGUGACAGGACAGUGUGCAUGCAGAGAGAACAUCACUGGCAGGCGGUGUGACCAGGUGAAGCAGGGGUAUUAUUUCACCGCCCUUGACCACUACACCUAUGAGGCUGAGGAUGCAACAUUUAAACCGACGGUGACGGUGGAACCGAGGUCACUGCCUGUAGAUCGCCAGCCCACCUGGACUGGAAUUGGGUUUGUGAACGUACCCCAAGGAGAAACGCUCCAAUUCAACAUCAACAACAUCCCACAGUCUAUGGACUACAACAUGGUGAUCCGUUAUGAGCCACAGUUACCAGAUAUGGUGGAGCAGGUGACAGUGAAUUUGGAACGCGCUGGAUACCCUUCUGAAUCUGCACACUGUACCACUCCGUACGCUGACCAACAGGUCAUCUCACUGCCUCCUGGCUCCAGGUAUGUUGUGCUGCCCAGGCCGCUGUGUUUGGAAAAGGACCAGAAAUACACACUGAAAAUGUUACUCGCUCUUUUUUCAUCAAACAACCUUUAUCAUCAUCCACACAUUUUCAUCGACUCUAUUGUGUUGAUGCCGGUGCUGCGGGAUCUGGAGCUGUUCUCUGGUUCUGCUGACAGAGAGGAAGCGUGGGAAAUGUUUCGGAAGUAUCGCUGUCUCGAGAACAGUGAGAGCGUCCAGAAAAUCCCAAUGACUGAUAUUUGCAGAGAGUACAUCUUCAGUGUAUCAGCUCUGCUGCACCAAGGAGCUAUGGUAUGCGAGUGUGACCCUCAAGGGUCUUUGAGUUCAGUUUGUGAGGCUGACGGUGGUCAGUGCUCAUGUCGGCCAAACGUGGUGGGCAGGAAGUGUGACACGUGUGCCCCUGGUACCUAUGGACCCGGACCCGCUGGCUGUAGGACAUGUGAAUGUGACCCACUGGGCUCCCAGAGUCCUUUCUGCAACCCGACCACCGGUGAGUGCUUGUGCGUACAGGGGGCAUACGGCCGUCACUGUGCCCACUGCUUACCCGGCCACUGGGGCUUCCCGAAUUGCCAGGCCUGCUUCUGCAACGGACACGGAGAGCACUGCCACCCUCACACAGGCCAGUGUCUGGAGUGUAGAGACCACACCGCAGGACAGCAAUGUGAACGGUGCCAGAGUGGUUAUUAUGGCAAUCCUCUGCUAGGCAGCACCGAGCGCUGUCGGCCUUGCAUGUGUCCAGACGGUCCGGGCGGUGGGAGACAGUUUGCGGAUGACUGCUACCAGGAACCUAACUCGCCCCAGCUCUUCUGUGUGUGCAGUCCAGGAUACAAAGGAUCCAGGUGUGGUGAAUGUGCACCUGGUUACUAUGGUAACCCUCAGGUAGCAGGGGGACGUUGCCAGCCGUGCCAGUGUAAUGGCAACAUUGACAUGCAUGACCCGGGAGCUUGCGAUUCCCGAACAGGCGUCUGUCUCAGGUGCCGUCACAACACUGAGGGUCAUGCAUGCCAGCACUGCAAACGUGGUUACUACGGAGAUGCCAGGACUCACAGCUGCCAGAGGUGUACAUGCCAGCUUUCAGGCACUGCCGUUCAAAGCUGUGAAGACGGUGAGUGUGAGUGUGAUCGGGUGAGUGGGCAGUGCCCGUGUCUGCCCAACGUGGAGGGUUUGUACUGCGAUCGGUGUGCCCCAAACACCUGGAACAUCAACAGUGGAGAGGGCUGCGAACUGUGCAGAUGCCAACCCACACACUCCAACAGCCAGUCCUGUGAUGUGUUGUCAGGUCAAUGUUCCUGUAAGCCUGGUUUCGGUGGGAGGACGUGUGAGGAGUGUAGGGAGCUGUUUUGGGGUGAUCCGGAAGUCAAGUGUUUCGCGUGCGACUGUGACCCGCGGGGCAUCUCCUCUCCACAAUGUGACAAGGCGACAGGUGCGUGCACGUGCGCGGAGGCCGUGGGUGGUCGUCGAUGUGACUCCUGUGGACGGGGCUUCGUGGGAACUUUCCCCGACUGCCAGCCAUGUCAUCAGUGCUUCCGUGAAUGGGACCAGACAGUGGGCGAGCUGACCAAUCAGACGCAGCAGCUGGUGGACACUGUGGAGGAGCUCAAGGUGUCAGGUGUUACUGCAGCCUAUCAGGAUGUGAUAUCCAAUCUAGAGGGCGGAGCCAAGCAAAUCACUCAAAUACUGGAGGAUGACAAGGCCCAGCAGACUCUUACACACAGUCAAGAGCUAUUGCAGAAUGCCAAGAAGAUGGUGUCAGAUCUGAAUGAGUCUCUGAGAGAGGUGGAGGGGGACGUACAGCGGGUGUCUGAUCAUCAUGGCCGCGUGGUGGAGGAGCUGAACACGUUAAAUCAGGAUGCUCAGAGACAGCAGGACAUCACAGACAACACGCAGAGAGACGUGCUGCGUAUCAAACACUCAGAUCCCAGAGGUGCAGUGGAUAGCAUUAGAGAGUAUUACCAUCAGUCAGUGGAUGCAGAGAAUCGAGUUAAUCAGGUGGUCAGUGACCCGCCGGGCCCCAUGCAGCAAUCGGCAGCUUUACGACACGCCGCAGAGUCCACGAUGAACACGGUUCAAGGAGAGACCCAGCUCAAACACCGUCUGCAGGAUGAGAGACUCAACACACUCGAUCAGAAACUGGAACAGGACGACCUGUCCGAAUUCAGCCAACAGGUGUGUGGUGGGGCGCAGGGGACAGACGGCUGUGGUGAAUGUGGAGGAUUGGGAUGUGUGAAUGAAGACGGAGGGUCUCGCUGUGGAGGAAAGGAGUGUAAGGGUCUCAUCACUCAAAGCCAAAACGCAAUGAAUGAAGCUAAAGACCUGGAUAAGAACAUCAUGGACUCACUGAGGGAUGUGGAGAAGCUGAACAGGAUGGUUUCCGAGGCUCGUGGCCGUGCGGACGAGGCUAAACUCAGCGCGCAGGGCGUCCUGUUGAAGGCCAAUCGGAGCAAAGCGAGAGUUGGACAGACCAAUCAGGAGCUGCGAGAACUCAUUCAGCAGUUACGAGACUUUCUCACAAAAGAAGCAGAUCUGGAGCGGAUCGAGACAGUAUCUGAUGAAGUCCUGAAGCUGAAGCUGCCAGUGACGGCCUCCGAACUGAAGAGCAUGACGACGGAGAUCCGACAGCGCGUGGCCGGUCUGACCGGUGUGGACGACAUUUUGUCCAAAAGUGCCGAGCGGGCGCGCGCCGCCGAGAGACUUCUGCAGAGGGCACGUGCCACCGGUGACACGUCUGCCCAACUGAAGGAGACGGCCGACGAGGUGACGGCGGCGCUGAAUGAAACUGAGCGUGCUCAGUCUGCAGCAAAUGCCAGUCUAACAGAGGCCAAGAGUAACCUGGACUACACAGAGCAUCGUGCGGUCACUGUGGACUCCGAGACAGCUGGUUCAGAGUUUAAGCUGAGCGACGCCACUCAUCGCUUGAUCAGUCUGGAGAGAGGCACAAGCGACACACAACAGAACGCAAGCGAAAGCUCCAGCAACGCUGAAAUCGCACAGAACACAGCAGAGAGCGUCGUGGAGGAUACGGACCAAACCAAACGAAAACUGGACCUGGAGGUGCAGCCUGAGUUCCAGCUGGUCAGCGGGCUGAUGGAGCAGAAAGCAGUGGGCGUGUCUGAUGCACGUCAGAGGGCGGAGCAACUACAGCAGGAGGCAAAAAACCUGGUAGAUGAUGCUGUCAGAAAAAUGCAGAGGCUAAGAGAGCUGGAGAAGGAGUUUGUGGUGAAUCAGAGGGUUUUAGCUGAGAGAGCAGGAGAGCUGGAGGAGCUGGAGAACGCAGCUAACACUGUACUACAGGAACUCGGCCAGAAAGUCACUCUCUACAGUAGCUGUCUGUAGUCGCGUUCCUCAUCUUCACAAUUCCUUAAUCAUUAUUAAACACUCUAAUACUCACUAACAUGAUAAAGAAAGCACAUCUAAAGGAUUCCCCCUUCCUAAAAAAUCUGAUCUGACCACUGCUAAUAUUUUCCCGCAUUUAUUACCACCAAAGUACAUACACUCACCGAGCACUUUAUUAGGUACACCUGUCUGGUACGCACGUUUAUUGAUGAGUUUCUGAGCUACACCUACCACGCAGAUGAACUUUUUGGGUAUACAGUUACUGGCUGUUACUCAGUGUACACUUUGUCACCCCUCUGUACCUUCAAAUUAUUUAAGUGGUUGACCAUUCUCAGCCCACUUUGGCUCAUGACAUUUACGGUGUUGCCUUCCAGGAUCAAAUUCAGCUUAACCCACAUAACCCACCUACUAAUGAAACACUAUAGAUUUAAUUACUUUAUUUAGAACCAAUAAAAACACACAGUUUGGCGUUCAACAAUUGAUUGUGUCUGAGGGAGGGAUGAGGAUUUAUUGCCACUGUACAGCUGCCACCUCUGCUGUUGUGGGGCAUUGCUUUGUGACACUCUAUUGCUGGCUGGUGAAAAGGUCGCCAGUCCAUCACAGGCCGCACACACGUUCACACUUGGUGCAGGUUUUAGCAUCUCGUCUGCAUGUCUUUGGACUUGUGGGAGGAAACCGGAGCAUCCGCAGGAAACCCACGCGGACACGGGCCCAGGCCUUUCUUGCUGUGAGGCGACAGUUAUACCCACAGCGCCACCGUGCCACCUUUAGACUAAGUGCAAAGUUUGAACCCAGCAUCACCAGGCACCUACUUUAACUCCUGGAGCAAGGUGAAGCACCUGCUGUGGAACCAGACCCACUGCAACCCUGACCAUGUUCUCAGUAAUUACUGAGAUAAUAUAGUAGAUAUUACAGCAGCACAUCUAGGCAAAUCUUUUAUUUAUAUAUUAAUUCUACUACCUGCUCACCCAGUUUAGUAACUGUAGCUUAAAAUAAUAUAAAUAACUAAUACAUGUACCAAAGAAAGAUUUAUAUAAAUAAAUGUGACACUUUAUUACUGGGACCAAAGUUUAUACGAAUAAAGUACCCAUGUUGUCUUUGAA